UACAUUUAUAAAGAUGGCUUUCAUUAAAGAGGAGAGAGAAGACGUGAAUAUUGAAGACGCAUUAAGAGUCAAACAUGAAGAUACUGAGGAACAAACAAAGAUGGAGUUUAUUAAAGAGGAGAGAGAAGAAAUGAAGAUUGAAGACACAUUCAGAGUCAAACAUGAAGAGACUGAGGAACAAACAGACCUGAUGGCACUGAAAGAGGAGAGUCAAGGACUGAAUAUAACCGAAGAGAAAGAUCAAAAUGAGAAACAUGAUUUAAAAAUUAAAGAAAAAUCAAUUAGUUGUUCACAGACUGAAAAGACUCAGAAAAUACAUACUAAAACCCUUAAUUACAACAUAAUUCACACUGGAGAGAAACCUUACACCUGCAAACUGUGUGGAAAGAGAUUUACACAGAUAAAUAGCCUUAAUGUCCACAUGAGAAUUCACACUGGAGAGAAACCUUACACCUGUGAGCUGUGUGAGAAGAGUUUCACACGAAUUGGAGAUCUUAAGAUUCACAAGAGCAUUCACAGUGAAGAGAAACCAUUCAUAUGCCCUCAUUGUGGAAAGAGAUUUAAACAGAAAAAUACCCUUAAUGUCCACAUGAGAAUUCACACUGGAGAGAAACCUUACAUCUGCAAAAUGUGUGGAAAGUGUUUUACACAGAAAAAUCACCUUAAUGUCCAUGUGAGAUUUCACGAUGGAGAGAAACCUUACACCUGUGAGCUGUGUGAGAAGAGUUACACACGAAAGGAAGAUCUUAAAAUUCACAAGAGAAUUCACAGUGAAGAGAAACCAUUCAUAUGCCCUCAGUGUGGAAAGAGAUUUACACAGAAAAAUACCCUUAAUGUCCACAUGAGAAUUCACACUGGAGAGAAACCUUACACCUGCAAAAUGUGUGGAAAGUGUUUUACACGGAAAAAUCACCUUAACGUCCACAAGAUAAUUCACAGUGAAGAGAAACCAUUCAUAUGCCCUCCGUGUGGAAAGAGAUUUACACAGAAAAAUACCCUUAAUGUCCACAUGAGUAUUCACACUGGAGAGAAACCUUACACCUGCAAACUGUGUGGAAAGAAUUUCUCACAUAACGUAUACCUAAAGAAUCACAUGAGGAUUCACAACUAGAGAGAAUCCGUUUGCAUGUGGUCAGUGUGGAAAGAGUUUCAGAUAUAAAGAAAGCCUUAAUAAUCACAUGAAGUUUCAUUCAAGAGAGAACAGUUUUAAAUGUCAUCAGUGUGAAAUGAGUUUCACAGAGAGGAAACAUCUUAAGAAUCAUGUUAAAAUUCACGUCUCAGAAAAGCCUUUCAUGUUCCAUCUCUGGAAAGAGAACUUUGCUCAACAAGAGGAAGCCUCAAGAAACACUUGA